AUGUUAAGCCCUGGAAGUUCCUGGAAGGACAAGAUCUUGACGUCCGGUGGAUGGUGCUACUUCCCAGAAGAGUCGAAGCAGAUCACAAAGGGAGACUACUCUGAUGCCGACUGGCUCCUUCCCCGCUUCCACAAAGAGUUUGACAAAGGUUUGGCCAAGGGCCUGGUCAAGCUUUUGCUGAAAGACGGGGACUCGCUCACUGAUUGUGGUGCUGGUGUUGGGCAAGCCGGACACAUCCUUCGCGCCCUCCUGCCCACGCUGCAGUACCAUGGAUAUGAUGGAGCUGGAAAUUCGGAAGAGUUCACCAAUGGUUAUGUGCGUUUCACCGAUCUUUCGUAUCCCAUGAAUUUGGUAGUGUCUGAUUGGGUCAUCGCUCUUGAGGUCGGCGAGCACAUCCCGCAUCAGGUCGAAAAGGAAGUCGUUGCCAACCUUCACGCUCACAAUCGCAAGGGCUUGAUUCUGUCCUGGGCGAAGCUGAAACAAGGCGGGCACGGCCAUGUGAAUUGUCACAGCAGGGAGUAUAUCAUCCAGCUCUUUGAAGAACUUGGCUACAAGUGUGAUGUCCCGCUUUCAGAAGCAUUACAGAACGCCUCGGGAUAUCCCUGGAUCAAGGCCAACGUCAUGAUCCUCAGGCGAGCUUAG